AUGGUCCUAGAGCCACCCAAGCCUGACCCUUCGUUCACGAAACCCGGCGCCAUGGAUCCAAUGCGGACGCCUCGGAUGAACAACAAAGGAGGAGCCCCAAUGCCCCGCAACAACCGCCUCGCCAUAGUCCUCUUCGGCGUCGCCGUGACGGGCGUGGCCGCCGCGCAAUUCAUGCUGACCCGCCCGGAGCACACACCACAAGUCCAGAAGAACGGGCAGCAGCCGCCGAACCUGCACGUCAGCGUCGACCGGAGCGGCGGGGGAGUCUGA